UUUCAUAGAGGCAUUGCGCGCCACGUUUCUCAUUGUGGAAAAUCCAUAUAUCUUUUGAUUGGUCAGCGCGCAUAUGCGCUCCGGGGAAGACCCUGCGACAGUCAUCGAGGUUACGUCGCUGACGCAUUCAGAAAUUAAAUCAGUUGAUUAAAUGCGCUUGGUGAGUAACUUGCUCGUGCGACAAACCGCGCUGUUAUCGGGACGAGCUCCUGAAACUCCAGCAGUCCGACCGCAGUUCGACACUGACACUGAUUUUUAACCACGAGGUUUGACACUUGGUGGCUCGCGCGAGAUAGCUUCGCGAAUUUAACGCAUUUAUCGUGUGUACUUUAAUUCGCGAGGAAAAAUCGUUCAGAUGCCGGACGCGUUCGAGAACUUUAACAUGGCGAUACGGAGUGUCCUGACGCCAAAUACUAUUAUGGAUGACAUGGACCUGUACAUCUCAUUCAACGAUUUAACACCAGUGAAUAUGGAUAAUGUGGAUAAUAUGGAUAAUAUGGAUCUAAGCCCAUACAAUAGUAACUCCUCAUCUAAUGACAUGGUUGAUGUAUCACCGAUGUCAUCUUCCAUUGUCUCGCCUUUAGAUUAUGUUUACAGUAAUACAGUGACAUUACUUGGCGAACCAUACAUCAGCGUCUUGGUGCAACCAGUGGAAAAAUUCAGAUUUCGGUACAUAUCUGAGAUGAUCGGGACACAUGGGACCUUGGUUGGAAGUGGACGCAGACGAAAUAAAUCCAACGUACCCACAGUUCAAUUACAUGAUUUUACGGAGAACGCGAUAAUACGGUGCACAUUGGUUACAAGCGACGAGGAAAACCGGUUACCGCACGCUCAUAGAUUAGUGAGACGAAAAAACAAUACGGAUUCAGACGAUCCGCAUGAUAUAGAAGUUUCUCAAGAGAAUAAUUUUAUAGCUGAAUUUAGUUCUAUGGGCAUAAUACACACUGCGAGAAAAUUUGUGAAGGAUGAAAUAAUACGAAAAUUGCGCUUUAAAGCUCUGGAGAAGCGCAAACAUGUAAAUCCAAAUGCUAUUCUCAGUGUUCGCGAUGAAGCACAGAUAAAAUUUGAUGCGGAAGUUUAUCAGAAAUCUAUGAAUUUAAAUAGCGUUACCCUCUGUUUUCAAGGAUUCAUCAAAGACGGAAAUAUUCUGAAGCCGAUCACAAAUCCGGUUUAUAGUAAUCCAAUCAAUAAUCUAAAAAGCGCAUUAACUGGAGAGCUCAAAAUAUGCAGAAUUGAUAAAUAUACUAGCAGUUGCGAAGGUGGGGAAGAGGUGUUUAUGCUUGUAGAGAAAGUGUCGAAAAAAAACCUAAGAAUAAAAUUUUUUGAAUUAAACGAUGACAACGUUGAGAUUUGGUCCGAUUAUGGCCGCUUCUCAGAGCUAGAUGUUCAUCAUCAAUUCGCCGUGGUAUUUCGGACUCCACCGUACAAGGAUUUAACUAUCACUUCUCCAAAGGAAGUCUUUAUUCGUCUGGAACGUCCAUCAGAUUUAGAUUCUUCAGACGCACUCCAAUUUACUUAUAAACCCAGCGAUCGCAUAAGUAGGAAGAGAACGCGAGUCUCUUAUUCGAAUAGUGAGGAACUGACACAAGUGGCAGUUAACAAUAUACCUACGCCAGUAACAAAUAUGUCUACAGGCAAUGAAAGUUUCGAAAUGCCUAGAGAAAUUAAAAAGAUAUUAGAGGAGAGAUGCCCUUCUGCUGAGUUCCAGGAUUUCGUUGCAAACAUAAGUGUAGAAUUAGAUCUUUACGAGAAGUUUUUACAGAAUAGCGAAGAAUUGACUGUUGACGGAGCACCGACUAGAAAGGAUGAGAAAUCGUUCGCCAAAGAUGUUGUUGCUGACACAAUGAAGAAAGUCAAAGUGGAGCCAAAUAAAGCAAAGGAUAUUAUAAUGAACGCACUCAAAGACAGAACAAGUUAUGGUGAUUCGCCAUUACACUGUGCCCUUCGACACGGACAAAAAGACACUGCAAAGCAUCUUUUAAUGUUAAUGAGCAUUCUACAAUCAGACGCUAAAGAGGUAGUGAAUAUUCAAAACAGUUCAGGCAAAACUCCGUUGCAUUAUGCUGCUACGUUAGACGAACCGGAAAUUGCAAAAGCACUGCUCAUGCUUAAUGCCGAUACAAAUGCAGUGGACCAUUAUGGACAAAUGCCACUACACAGAGCUGUAAGAUUUCCGGAAGCAAAGGAAUGCGUUGAUGUUUUAUUGAGUGACAAAAAGAUCAACCUUGAAGCAAAUACAGAUUCCGGGUGGGCGCCUUUGUUAUUAGCUGCUCAAGCGGGCUCAUGUUACGCAGUGCGCGCUCUUCUCAAAGCAGGUGCAGACGUACAUAAUACCGAGAUGUCUCAUGGAAGAACUGCUUUGCAUUUGGCAGUCGAAGGUAGUCACAAGGACAUAGUUGAAUACCUGUUGAAAAACACCAAAAUAAAUGUAAAUAAAAGGAACUAUAGUGGAAACACGGCACUACACGCCGCAGUAGUUACACCCGGAGCAAUUGCUAAAGAAUUAUGUGACCUUUUGUUGGAGUAUGGAGCUGAUCCAUACUUAAGGAAUUACAAUCGCGAGCACAACGAAAACAAGAUUAUGGACGAAACAUUAGAUAUAAAAUCUGAAGCGGACGACAACGAAGCGGACAAGGAAGAAUAUAUCGGACAGUCAUCUUUCGAUUUAGCUUCGAACAAUCCAGAAAUUUUACAAUUUGUCUCCAAUAAGUUGUUAGAUGAAUCAAUUGGAUACAAAAAGGAAGAGCAAGUCGCUAAUGAAGAGAAAGAUUGGCUGGAUGCGGAUCAGGAGAAACAAUUAGCAACUAUUUUAACCGAAACGAAUGGAUGGAAAAAAUUGGCCCAGUACCUCAGCAUCGAUUAUUUAUUGGAAUCUGUCGAACACCCGUACAAUGCAACGUUGCUUCUUUUGAGUUACAUUUGCAUACAAACCAACUUCACCCUCGAUCAACUGCGAGCUCUACUGUAUGAUUUGGCUUUAGAAGAUGCUGCCGCAUACCUGUCACAAAUUUUGUCGCUACGGGAAACAUGAGACUCGUAUUUAAAAGUUUUAUGUCCAUUGACAAUGUUGAAUAAUUUAUAACAUUGCAAUAUUGUGUAAUAUAAAAAUAUAAACUGGUGCUGUUUUAAUGUACUCGGACGAUAAAAUAAAGAUAUCACUCGCUUUAUUUAUAAAUUUUAAA